AUGGAAGCUGUUUGGACUCGUGCAACGCAUGUUGCUAGCGCGGUGCAAACAGCGAGGUCAUGCAGGGCGCAGGAGCUGCUGGAGCGGGUCGCGGCGUUCCAGCGUGGCGAUUGGCUUCGGCUCCUCGCCGAGAUGCAUCACGGGAGUGCUGGACGCGGGCCGCACCAGCCCGGCGAACCGGCAACUAAGGCCGAGCGCAGACGCCUGGUGGCGUAUGCCCAGGUUCGUCGGGGUGAGGUCGCGCACGCCCGCGUGACCUUUGUGGGCCCGGUACCGACACGACGCGACGAUCCCCCACGCCGCGCGUUGCGCAUCCGCCCGACGUCCUGUCCUCGCAGCUCGACUUCCCCUCCGUCGCUGUCACCGCACGCGAUCGCCAUGGACGGCCUUGCACCCCCGGCCUCUCCGGUCUGUGCGCGGAUCUCAACACUUUGCUGCAAUGCGAGGUUUCCGUCGAGCUUCUGGCGCAUGCCGCUAGACGUCUGGCUCGCGCCGACUCUGCGGGCGGCGUGCGCUGGAUCGUGUAGCAUGCGCUCGCGCACCUCCGGGCACCCAUUUUUGAUGCGGCCACGCGCCCCUUCCGCGACGUGUUCCAGGCCAGGUGGCCAAGCGCGCGCAGCGCUGGAGCUCCACCCGACUGCACGUGUCCCUCGACGGCCGCAGCACGUACGAUACCAUCUCACGGGCAUCGCUCUUCACAGCACUCCGACAUGGCGCCGGAACUGUUGCCUUUCGUGCGACUGUUUAAUGGGACUGCCACGGUCGCUGCCGCGAGAUCCGCCAGGGGAGGACCCUGUUCUCCUUCGGCCAACGCGGCGGUCCCCUGGCGGCCGCGCCCUGAUGGCAGCACACUGCAGCCACACGAGCGCUUGCGGGGCUUCUUCGUUUACCUAUUUCGACGACCUAUAUGUCCCGACGCGGGACCCGGAACAUGCUCGCCCGCACGACGCUGUUGUCGAUCCCCAGUGUGGCAUGGCCCAAGGGGGCGUGGCGGAGCUGGGGGAGGAUGCUUGGCAACGGGACAAACCUCCCGCCGCGCACGGCUUGGUCGGGGGGGCGCAUGCGCAAAGAGCAGCUCUUGCUCGAUCUCCUCCUCCCGUGUGCCUCGUCGCGCCAACCACGCGCCCAGAACGGUGCUGCCGGACUACGUCAUGUGGUAUGCCCAGGAGUCGGCGUACACCCCAGGCAGAGGGUGGGGAGGCGACCCGCUCCUGCCAGCCAUGGUCCCUCAACAGCCUUGUUUUGGAGACAUUCGAAAUCAAUACAGUUUUUUCAGGGCCACUAGCAACGAGCUAA